GGGCGUGGAAUGAGGAAGGAAGCGGGUUUAAGACAGCAGCCGGGCUGGCUCCGCUCGCUGUUCGUGGGCUGAGCGGACGCUCUCUCUGUGGGCAGACACGAGCGAGCCUCCUCCCGGACCAGGGGACUCCAGGCUUCACUGUCAGUGAGCUCCGUGGGGAAGACAGGCUCCCUUGGGGGGCCACGCUUCAGCUGGGAGUCAUGAAUGCCACGGGCAUGAAGGGCCUCAACGGGUCGGAGCGGUGCCCCCGGGACACGCGGGUGGCGCAGCUGGUGUUCCCCGUCAUCUACACCGUCGUCUUCCUCACCAGCCUGGCGCUCAACAGCCUGGCGCUGUGGGUGUUCGCGCGCAUCCCCAGCUCCUCCACCUUCAUCGUCUACCUCAAAAGCACGCUGGUGGCCGACCUGGUCAUGACCCUCACGCUCCCGUUCAAAAUCCUGUCCGACGCGCGGCUGGGGCCCUGGCAGCUCCGGGCCUUCGUGUGCCGCUACUCCGCCGUCAUCUUCUACGAGACCAUGUACGUGGGCAUCACGCUGCUGGGCCUCAUCGCCUUCGACAGGUUCCUCAAGAUCGUCAGGCCGUUCGGCAAAUUCGCCGUCCAGAGGCCGGCUUUCGCGAAGGGGGCCUCGGCCCUCGUCUGGGUCUUGUUGUUCCUUGUCUCCCUGCCCAACAUGGUCUUCAGCAACCAGAAGGCCACGCCGCGGUCGGUGAGGAAGUGUGCCUCGCUGAAGAGCCCCCUGGGGCUGAAGUGGCACCAAGGGGUGAACUACUUUUCCCAGUUCGUUUUCUGGACCGUGUUCACCCUCAUGCUCCUGUUCUACGCGGUGAUUGCCAAACGGGUCUUCGAUUCCUACAGAAGGUCGCGGAGCAAGGACAGCAGGAACAACAAGAGGCUGGAAGGUAAAGUGUUCGUGGUCAUAGCCGUCUUCUUCGUCUGCUUCGCCCCCUUCCACUUCGCCCGGGUCCCCUACACGCACAGUCAGACCAACACCAAGACCGACUGUCAGCUGCAGCACCGGCUGUUCAUGGCUAAGGAGACCACGCUCUUCCUUGCGGCCACCAACAUUUGCAUGGACCCCCUGAUAUACAUUUUCCUAUGUAAGAAAUUCACGAGAAGGCUGUUUCGUAGCAGAGGAAGGGAGACCUCAUCCACCCAAGACAACCACACUAGCCAGACAGACAAUAUAACCCUAAGCUGAUCAUUUUACAGAGCUCACUUCUCUCUGUGGGCUAGCCUCCCAACGACAAAUGUACGUGAACGUGACGUGGGGGCAAUAAAAAAGGGUGACAACAAAUGCUCCCUCACAUUGGCGUCAUCUCGAGGGACGAGGGACGGAGAGGGCUGCAUACAUUUCAACCCCACGCAGACCUAUUCACAAGCAGACGGCAGAGCCAGGCAGGGAAAUGCACAGAGAGCAAACGGCCGCUAGGGGUCAUCUUCCCCAGAAAAUUCACUUAGGCUCGGGAGGAGGUGUAUUGCAGAUACAUGUGUACCCCUGAAAUCCUCCCCUCCGAAAAACACCUUCCCGCCUUCUUGCACACACAUUACUCAAACAACACAACCGAUCUGUAUCCCACAAGUGUUGAUAUUUGCUGAUUUGAAAACAACAACAACAAAAACCCACCGUGACAGCCCCUGGGGGCAAGCUGAAAUCUGGGGGUUGAGAGGGAUGUUACGUAAGAAGCAUCUCGAAGGCUGAUGGUGGUCAAAGGUCCUCUGA